AUUAUCAUACCUAUAUAUGUUUAUAUAAGAAUCAUAUUUGCACAAUAUUGGAAUUAAUUACUAACCUAAUAAGUAAUCUUGAUUAGAUUGAAUUCAGUCAAUACUGUUCAUUGGAUAUAUACAUAUAUAUAGAACAUCAUAAAAACGGAAGGGUUCGUGCAUUUAGUCUUCCUCAGAUCAGUAAUAUCAUCAUCAUCUGACGAAUAAUAAAAACCCCCCUCCCAAAUGGAUUCUAAUGAAGAAGAAUAUGGUUAUGAAAUGAAAACAAUGAAUCAAGAUAAUAAAAAAAGGGAAACAAAACGGCGAAAUAAAUUAUCUAAGUUUAAAAAAUGGAUUAUUAAUUUAGAUAAUUUAUUUGUAACAUUUACUGUAUUAGCUGUUAUAUUGGGUAUGACAAUUGGUUUAUUAGUUAAAAUUUAUGCAACACCAUCACCAAGAACAAUUUAUCUUUUAUCAUUUCCUGGUGAAUUAUUAAUGAAUAUGUUAAAAAUGUUAAUUAUACCAUUAAUUGUAUCCAGUUUAAUAGCAGGACUUGCUGGUUUAGAUCCAAAAUCAAGUGGAAAAAUUGGCUCCUAUGCAUUGAUUUAUUAUGUAGUAACUACAAUGCUAGCAGUUAUACUUGGUAUCGGUCUAGUUUUAUGCAUACAUCCAGGUGAUACAUCAAUUAAAGAUGAGAUAGGCGAAGGAACAAUAGAAGAACGUAGACCUGAAACAUUGGAUUCUUUACUGGAUUUAUUAAGAAAUUUAUUUCCGGAAAAUGUAGUACAAGCAUGUUUACAACAACAACAAAGUAGUUAUGUCACAAUUGUUAAACGUCCAAAGUAUGUUCGAUUAACUGAUGGAACCAAUGGUACAUUGAAUAUGAAUAAUAAAACAAAUCUAAUCAGUUAUGAAGCUAUAAAAGCGAAAUAUGUGGAUAGUACUAAUGUUUUAGGAUUGGUGUCAUUUUCAAUUAUGUUUGGUAUAAUACUUGGUCAAAUGGGUGAUCGUGCUGUGAUUAUGGUCCAGUUCUUCUCUGUUCUUAAUGAAGUUGUCAUGAGAAUGGUUCAAGUUAUUAUGUUAUAUUCACCAUUUGGUAUAUUCUUUUUAAUAUUGGGUAAAAUGUUAGAAAUUGAAAAUUUAAGUGAUACAGCUAAAGCAUUAGGUUUAUAUAUGAUUACUGUCAUCUCUGGUUUAGCUAUACAUUUACUUGGUACAUUAGCAUUACUUUAUUAUGCAGUAACAAGAAAGAAUCCAUUUGUAUUCUACAAGGGUUUAUUUCAAGCUUGGAUUACAGCACUUGGUACUGCAUCCAGUGCAGCUACUCUACCAAUUACAUUUCGUUGUUUAGAACAAAAUCUAGGGAUUGAUAAACGUGUAACACGUUUUGUUUUACCUAUUGGUGCAACAAUCAAUAUGGAUGGUACUGCAUUAUAUGAAGCUGUUGCAUCCAUUUUUAUUGCACAAAUUAAUGGAAAAUAUUUGACCAUUAUUGAAGUAUUCAUUGUAAGCUUAACAGCAACAUUGGCAGCAAUAGGUGCAGCUAGUGUUCCAAGUGCUGGUUUAGUCACUAUGAUGUUAGUGCUUACAUCUGUUGGAUUGCCUACAAAAGAUAUUUCUUUAAUUUUAGCUGUUGAUUGGUUACUUGAUCGUAUUCGUACAUCAAUUAAUGUAAUGGGUGAUGCAGUUGGUGCUGGUAUAGUAAAUCAUUUAUGUUCUAAAGAAUUAGCACAAAAAGAUGCUGAAAUCGAUAAAGAAAUUGAUGAAGUUGUAGAAGAAUAUACACGUGAAUUAUCUAAUACAACAUCUAUGAAAGAUCGUGAAAAACGUAAUUCAUCUAGUUUAAAUCGUCAUCAUAAAAAACGUAUGAGUUUAGCUGCUGCUAUACGUUUACAAGAGAAUACAUCGCCACUUGGUACAAUGAUGCCAAAUCAAUCAACCAUUAAUGAUAUAGAUACAUCAACAUCUUAAUAAUAUAUUUAUCAAUGAGCAAAUGAAACUUAAAUAUAUCAAUCCACCCCCUUAUUUUAGUUUCUAUGUUAAACAUUUUAAUCAUCUGAAUAUGUUCCUCUUUUAAAAAAAAAUAACUUUAUCACUUUAUUUCAUAUUUGUUUAACUCCCCUCCCUUUUAAGUAUUAAUCAUUUGGAAGUUGUUUUUUUUAUUGUUUACAUUUACAUUUUCAGUAGAAUUAUCUGGUUUGACUUCUUUUUUUCUUUUCGUUUUUUUAAAAAAAAGAAAAACAAAAAAAUGUUUUAAACAAAAUUAGAGUAGUAUAACUUCAUUUAAACAAAUAAAUCAAUAAAUCGACACCCCCAUCAUUGAACAAAAAAUCAAUAAAUUGAUUAUUAGAUGACAUAAACGAACAACCUCAAUAUUGAACAAAAAUCAAUAAAUUGAUUACUAGAUGACAUAAACAAAUCGAUAAACAAACAACCUCAAUAUUGAAUAAAAAUCAAUAAAUUGAUUACUAGAUGACAUAAACAAAUCGAUAAACAAACAACCUCAAUAUUGAACAAAAAUCAAUAAAUUGAUUACUAGAUGACAUAAACAAAUCGAUAAACAAACAACCUCAAUAUUGAACAAAAAUCAAUAAAUUGAUUACCAGAUGAUAUAAACAAAAUUAUUGAUAUAUACAUAAUUUAUUAUUUAUAUUAUGUAAACUAAUAUUUAUCAAUAAUGUAAACAAUUUCAUGGUCAUCUUUUUUUCAUAUUCAUAAGUUUUUUUGUCAUAUCUAUGUAAUUAAUAGUUUCUAAUGGGAUAUAAGAAGAUAAGUUAGUUGCUAACAUGGUAAAGAGAAAGGGAGGGAGAGACAAAUUAAUCAAGGUGUUCAUUGUUCAAUAUGUGUUCACAAUUGAUUAAUCACUAGGUGAUGAUCAAUAUAUGUGUGUAUUAGUCAAUUCAUUUCUUUUUUUAAAGAAUAAUCUAUAUCUAAUUAUUUAUUGAUUUAUUUAAUAUUGAUCAUUCAUUGUAUGAUUGACAUUUUAUGUUGUAUCAGUGAUAAUGAUAAUUCUAUGCGUAUAAAUAAUAAUAAUAAUAAUAUCAUCCUUUUUGUUUCUGCUUGUAAUUUCCGACUCAGUGUGUUCUUUGACCUUCCUUCUGACCGUUUCCUUUUAGGAUUCCAAGUUAGGGGUUGCCUAAUGUUGCAGUUUGAUGAUUUCUAUAAUGUAUUUUUUAUCCACCUCUGACGUCUUUUCUUAAUUACUUCUUCAGAUGGAAGAUGAUUUGUCCUUUACCACAGUAGGCUGUUGCUGAUGAUAUUCGGCCAACAGACACUGAGUAUCUUGUAUAGACGACUAUUCAUAAAUAUUUGUACAUUUUUGAUUAUGGUUGUGGUAGUUCUCCAAGUUUCAGAUCUAUACCUUAGAACUGUCUUGAUAUUCAUAUUAAAGAUCCUGACUUUGAUAUUAGUUGAUAGUUGUUUGAGUUCCAUAUGUUCUUCAAGUGUAGGAAUUCUGUCCUUGCCUUGCCAAUCCACCCUUUUACAUCUGUAUGAGAUCCUCCUUGUUAAUCAAUGAUGCUGAUCAGAUAUGUGAAUGUUUCUAUUUCUUCAAGAGUUUCUCUAUCAAGUGUGAUGGAGAAACUCUACACGACAGUAAAUGAAUAUAUUUAAAUAAAAGAUUGUCUAUUAAUAUUAGGUUGAAAUAGAUAUAUAUUUUUAUAUUUCAUCAACUUAGUAGUAGGUUCUUUAUGUGUUAAAGAUAUUUGUCAGCUGUAGAUCUGUAUAU